UCUAAUUGACGCUAAACAAGAAUUGUUUAUUCUAAUGAGAAAAAUAUGCUUGAUUUGGGUACAUUGUCCGCAGUUUCAACAAUAUGAGUAUAUUGUUGUUUUCAUAAAACAAAUCUGCAAUUUAAUAAUGAUAGAAUCGUCAAAAUAUUUAGAACCAACUGCUUUAUUUCAAGGAGAACUAACAGAAAAUUUACCAAGAAUAGAUGAAAUUUUAGAAAUCUUCACCAAUUUUAAAAAUCACUUUGAAAUAAUAAAAACGGAGUACCUACAUGAAAAAUUUUCGGAUUUAGCAAAUAAAUCACCAAAUUUAAAAAUUAAACCACGUUUUUGGAAUUUUCACAGAAAAGAUAUAUUUGACUAUUUUGAUGCAUAUGAAAAACGUUUAAAAGACAUAAAAAACAUCAUUAAUUCUCUUUUGGACUAUCAAAAGUUAGAAAAAGUAGAAGUAGGUGGACUCAUUGGUCGAUGGUACAGUAAUAAAGUAGAGGAGCUUUUUUCCCGUUUCUCAAGAUUUUUAGAAAAACUAGGAACUAUAUCUUACGACCCGCUAGAUAUGUUUAACGACGCAAACAAUGUUUCGUUUAUGGAAGAUUAUAAUGCAUACUUAGAAAUGACAGAUGAUUUUGAUAAACGACUCACAACUAUUUGCAAAGCUUGUUUUGAAUAUUCUGAUGAUUUAAUGUCACUCCACAAGUUUAUUAUGGUAUUUGGCUCAACUUUGUUAGAUCGACCAAUCAUUUCAAAAGUAGUAUCUAGUUAUUAUCAAAAAGUUUUAGAUUUACUUGAUCAAGAAUUGGCUGAACAAAAACGAAUAUUUGAUCGACAACUGGGAAUUGUAAAAAAUACUAGUGAGUCUUUAGAUUAUCCUGAGCUCCUUUAUAUGCCAGAAGAAACAGAUACAUUCUAUCCACCAGUUGCUAGACAAGUAAUGUGGGGUAAUACGUUAAAAUGUCGCCUUACGGAAGACUUAAAGUCCAUUCGAGCACUAAAAUUACCAAUUAUGAAAACACAAAAAGCAGCUGAAAUUAUGUUAAAAAUUAACGAAAUGUGUGAAAAAACAAAAAAUUAUUUAAAACCUAUAUUUAUUGAAUGGAAAAAAAAUACGCCUAGACUGAUCCAAGAAAACAUUAAAAAACCAUUAUUUAUUGUGAAUGAAGAUAAAACAAUUGGUUUAAAUUUUGCAAAAGAACUCGAUUCCGCUAUCAAAGUAACUCGAUACUUGAUUCUUGGCAUUUAUUACAAUAAAGAUCCCGUAUUAUACAUUACCAUUGAUGAUCUACCAAAUGAAGCGAUGGAACUUUAUAAACGUGAAAAAAAUUUAAUUAACUAUAAGAGAGAUAUAAAUGACAUUGUUAUGUGGUAUAAUACAUUAAGAACAAAGACACAUAACACGGAAUAUGAACUCGUACAAAAAGAAAUUGAAAAAAUUGAUUUUCUUAUCAAUAAUGCUCAAAAAAAUAUAAACUGGUCUUCGGAAGAACCAGUUCAAUUUGAUGAAGAAAUAGGUGAUGAAGAAAUGUUGGAGGAAGAAAUACCCAUAAUUUCUUCAAUACAACAUACAAUUGCGAUUAUUCAUAGUCUUACUGAAAAUUUAUAUGAUAGAAUGAUGAAAAUCCAAAAUAAUUAUAAGGAAGUUGUAAAUUUGUCCAAUCAAUGGAAUAAUCAACCACUUUAUAUUCGUGACAAAAAUACAAUGUUAAUAGAGUUUGAUAAGAGAAUAAUUGAUGCAAAAACAACUAGACACAAAGAAUUAAUAGAAUGUAGUAAAAAAAUUAAAAAACUACUGAAAGAAGAUCUCUUACUAUUCAAUAAUAUACCAAUAAUUGAUCCGAAUGCAAUGAAACCUAUAGUAUUUGGAGAAGAAGGUGAAGAAGAUGCUAACAUCGUAGCACUAAAUUUAGAAAUGAUUGACAAUACUCAAGCUAGUAGUGAUAAAUCUGAAGAAAAUGAUAAUCAAGAAUCCACUUUAGAAGAAUCCAUUAUUAAUAACGAAGCAGAAAGCUUAGAAGAAGAAUUGGAACAUGAAGAAAUGCAAGAGGAAGAAAAGCGUCAAAUUUCAAUAUAUUUAAAUAAAUCCAUUAGCAAUGAAGUAGAAAAUGAACUAUCAUCUAAUGAAGAUGUAGAAGAAAUAGAAAGUUUAGAAAAUUAUAUUGACACUCAAAUAAGAUUACUUUUAUCCGAUGAAAACAUAAAACAAAUGUGGGAAGAGUAUAAGAAGUAUGUUGAUAAAGCAGUACUUGAAGGAAUACAGAAAUCUGUUUUAUGCAGUUUGAAUUACAUAAGAACAGAAAUAAAUUUAAUAAAAGGAUCACAUCCAAUGUUUAUGAUUAUAUAUAUAUUAAAUUCAAAUGGUCCAAAAUUUUCACCGAGUUUGGAAGUUAUUUCUGAUGAAAUAUUAUUUUUAGAUAAAAUUAAUUUGCUCCUUGGAGAUAUUGUUGAAUUAGGUAGUUUUAUAGAAAGAGUCUCUAAUGAUAAUACACCAUACAAUAUUGAAAUAAGAAAUAUUGAAGCUGUAAAAAUGAUAUCUGAUGAAAUCAUAGAAAAAGUUAAAAAUACUACGAAAAAAGCUCUUACUUAUAUAACACAAUAUCAAGAAUAUUCACCGUUGUGGUCAAUUAAUCAACAAAUAGCAUUGUCUCUAUUCGUAACUUAUGGAAGAGAUCUUUCUCCCGAUGAAAUUGAAAUGAUAGAUGAAAUCGAUUCAGAAGGAAACCCUAUACUUCAAUCAUCAUCGCCAAAACUUAUCGAUUAUAAAAACAAAAUUGAUUCUUAUGACUGUUUAUUACAAAAUAUCGACAAAAUAGAAGACUCCAUAAUAUUUAACAAUUGGUUUAUGGUAAACCUACAACCAUUUAAAAUCAAUCUUUUAAAAUUGAUUGUCAGUUGGUCAGAUUUAUUUAAAAAUUAUUUAGUUGACAAGGUUGUUAAUAGUUUGCGAGCGUUAAGAGAUUUUACUCGAGAAACUGAUACAGGUUUAUUAAAACCGUUAGAAGAAGGAGAUUAUGAAGGUCUAGUUGCUAUCAUGGGCCAUUUAUUUAAAGUUCGUGAACGUCAAAUGAACUAUGACUAUAUGUUUGAACCAUUACAGGAAAUUUUGGAUUUACUUAAAACAUACGAAGUUGAAAUGCCCGAAGAUGUAUAUAUUUUGAUGCAGGAGUUACCAGGAAAGUGGAUGACUACAAAAAAAAAUGCAUUGAACGUAAAAUCACAAGUGGUUCCUCUAAUCCAAACCGAAGGUUCCAUUAUUGGUAGACGAAUUAUACUAUUAGGAGUAAGAGAAACAAUUUUCAAAAAUAAUUUUUUAUUGGGAUCUCAAUUCAAGUGGGAUUGCAAACGUCCAUACAUAGAAGUAGAUAAAGCAGCCAAAAAUUUAAAUGAAUUAGAAGACUUGCACGAAAAACUACUCUCACAAGCCAUUUUAUUUGAAAUUCCUCAACCAGAACCAAAUAUUUUAGUACCAACAAAAAAAAGCUUGAAGCUAAUAAAACAACUAUGGGAUUUUGUGAGUGUUGUAAAAAGCUGGAUCGAAUCCUGGCAAGAUACUUUGUGGAAAGAUGUUGACACUGAAAUUAUGGAUAUUGAAUUGAAACGAUUUGCUAAAGAACUAAAAGGAAUGGAUAAGGAAAUAAGAGAAUGGGAAGUUUAUAUUCGAAUCGAAAAUAUGGUUAAAAAUAUGAUGACAUCUUUAAGAGCACUUAUUGAGCUACAAAAUCCAGCUAUGAAAGAUCGUCACUGGAAUGAACUAAUGGAAGUCACAAAUGUGCAAUUCACUAUAGAAAACUCAACUACAUUAAACGAUUUAGUUAAACUUAAUUUACAUCAAUGUGAAGAAGAUGUAAAAAUAAUAGUUGAUAAAUCAGUAAAAGAAAUGAGCAUGGAAAAAUCUUUAAAAGAAUUUGCUGAAACUUGGAAUAACAUGGAAUUUGAGUAUACGCCUCAUUCAAAGACUAAAUAUUUCUUACUUAAAGUAAGGGAAGAACUCAUUGAGAUUUUAGAAGAUAAUCAAGUUCAGUUGCAAAAUAUGAUGAGCUCUAAAUUUGUUGGGCAUUUUUAUGACGAUGUUUUGACAUGGCAAAAAAAAUUAAACACUGCAGACCAAAUAAUAAAUUUAUGGUUAGAAGUUCAAAGAAUUUGGGCAUACUUAGAAUCUAUUUUUAUUGGAUCUGAUGAUAUAAGAACACAACUUCCUGAUGAUACAAGAAGAUUUGAAAUACUUGACAGGGAUUUUAAAAAUCUGUUAGCUGAUAUAAAAACUACACCAAAUGUAAUAAAAGCUACAAGUAAAUUAGGGUUAUUCGAGAAACUUUCCAAUAUUCAAUUAGAAUUAGGAAAAUGCGAAAAAGUACUAACACAAUAUUUAGAAACAAAACGCUUAGCAUAUCCAAGAUUUUAUUUCUUAUCACAAGCAGAUCUUCUUGACAUUUUAUCCAAUGGAAAUAAUCCUGAAGCAGUUUGCAAACAUUUAACAAAAUUAUACGACUCAAUAGGACAAUUAAAAUUCGGCAAAGAAAAAGUCGCAAAUGGAAUGUUUGCUAAAGAUGGUGAAUAUGUAGAAUUUAAUGGACAACUUGAUUGCUCUGGACAAGUAGAAAAAUGGUUAAACCGUUUAACUGAUAUAAUGCGAUCAACAGGCCGAUAUUAUUUUAACAAAGGGGUAAGAAGUUAUGAUGAAAAACCAAGAAGGUUGUGGAUAUUUGACUAUCCUGCCCAAACUGCUCUGUGUGGUAUUCAAAUAUGGUGGACAACUGAAACGAAUGAAGCAUUUGCUCGAUUAGAACUGGGGCAUGAAAAUGCUUUGAAGGAAUUUAACAAAAAACAAAUAAUUCAAUUAAAUGAACUUAUUGAUUUAUUAUUGGAUGACUUGACAGCUGGAGAUCGACAAAAAGUUAAUACAAUCUGCACAAUUGAUGUUCACUGUCGAGAUGUUGUAGCAAAGAUGAUUUCAAUGAGAACUGAAAAUAGCGCUGCAUUUCAGUGGCAAUCGCAACUUAGGCAUAGGUGGGACUUAAAAGAAGCAGAUUGUUUUGCUAAUAUUUGUGAUGCCCAAUUUCGAUAUUCAUAUGAAUAUUUAGGAAAUACUCCAAGAUUAGUAGUAACACCCCUAACUGAUAGAUGUUACAUAACAUUAACGCAGUCACUUCAUUUAAUUAUGGGUGGUGCUCCUGCAGGUCCAGCUGGUACUGGUAAAACGGAAACCACAAAAGAUUUAGGUAAAGCUAUUGGAAUGAUGGUUUACGUAUUUAACUGUUCGGAGCAAAUGGAUUAUACAUCAUGUGGUAACAUAUAUAAAGGUCUCGCCCAAACGGGCGCUUGGGGAUGUUUUGACGAAUUCAAUCGAAUUUCCAUUGAAGUACUUUCUGUUGUUGCAACUCAAGUAAAAUCUGUGUUGGAUUCGAUCAAAGCCAAGAGAAGUACUUGUAUUUUGCUAGGUGAUACUGUAAAUCUAGUAACAACAGUAGGAAUGUUUAUUACAAUGAAUCCUGGUUAUGCGGGACGUGCAGAACUUCCAGAAAAUCUUAAGGCUUUAUUUAGACCUUGCGCUAUGGUUGUACCUGAUUUUGAAUUAAUUUGUGAAAUUAAUCUUAUUGCUGAAGGCUUUCAAAGCGCUCGAUUACUAGCUAGAAAAUUUAUUACAUUAUAUUCACUAUGCAAAGAACUCUUAUCAAAACAAGAUCAUUAUGAUUGGGGACUUAGAGCUAUUAAAUCAUUAUUGGUAGUUGCAGGUUCAUUAAAAAGAGCCGAUAGACUUAGACCUGAAGAUCAAGUAUUAAUGCGGGCUCUUAGGGAUUUUAAUACUCCAAAAAUUGUAACCGAUGACGUGCCUAUAUUUAUGGGACUCAUAGGUGAUUUAUUCCCAGCCUUAGAUGUACCACGAAAACGAAAUUUAGAGUUUGAGAAACAAAUUCGUCAAGCUACCAUCGAUCUAAAACUACAGCCUGAAGAUAGCUUCAUUUUGAAAGUGAUUCAAUUGGUUGAACUGUUGGAAGUUAGGCAUUCAGUAUUCAUUAUUGGUAACGCCGGCACUGGUAAAUCAGAAGUUUGGAAAACAUUAUACAAAACAUAUAGUAAUUUAAAUUACAAACCGUACUACAAUGAUAUAGAACCAAAAGCAGUAACUAAUGACGAAUUAUUUGGAGUAAUUAGUCCUACUACCAGAGAAUGGGUUGAUGGUCUUUUUUCAUGCUUAAUCAGAGAACAAGCACAAAUGUCUGGGAAUGGAUCAAAAUGGAUGGUUAUGGAUGGUGACAUAGAUCCUAUGUGGAUAGAGUCACUCAAUACUGUUAUGGACGAUAAUAAAGUAUUAACAUUAGCCAGUAAUGAACGUAUUGCUUUAACACGAUCCAUGCGUCUCAUAUUUGAAAUAUCAAAUUUAAGAUCAGCUACUCCUGCUACAGUAUCUCGAGCAGGAAUUCUUUAUAUAAAUCCAGCAGAUUUAGGAUGGAAUCCAUAUGUUGCAAGUUGGAUUGAUACUAGAACCAGUACAACUGAAAAAGCAGCACUUGUAGUUUUAUUUGAUAAAUACGUACCUGUGUGCUUGGAGGCACUGAAGUCUAAAUUUAAAAUUAUAACACCUAUACCUGAAAUAACACAUAUUCAAAUGUUAUGUACAUUACUAGAAUGCCUUUUAACACCUACUAACGUACCACCUGAAACAACCCGUGAUAUAUAUGAAACAUACUUUGUAUUUGCGUGUAUUUGGGCAUUUGGAUCAGCAGCAUUUCAAGAUCAGCUUAUUGAUUGGAGAAACGAGUUUACAAAAUGGUGGACAUCUGAAUUUAAAACUAUUAAACUCCCUUCAGUUGGUCAAGUUUUUAAUUAUUUUAUUGAUCCAGAAACAAAACAAUUUAGACCAUGGUCAGAACUUAUGAUAUCUUUUGAUUUAGACGCUGACGUACCUCUUCAACAAACUUUAGUUAGUACUAGUGAAACAACCAGAAUACGAUAUUUCCUUGAUCUUUUGAUUGACAAACGCAAACCAAUCAUGCUUGUUGGUUCCGCUGGUACUGGAAAAUCGGUCAUAGUUAAUGAAAAACUUAAAUCCCUUCCUACUGAUCAAUAUGCAGUAACAAAUGUUUCGCUUAAUUUCUACACAACAUCAGAAAUGUUACAAAUGAUUUUGGAGAAACCUUUAGAAAAAAAAGCUGGAAGAAAUUAUGGUCCACCAGGCGGCAAAACAUUGAUUUAUUUUAUAGAUGAUAUUAACAUGCCUGAGGUUGAUCUUUAUGGAACUGUGCAACCACAUACUCUUAUUCGACAACAUAUGGAUUACAAACAUUGGUAUGACAGAACGAAGCUUACCUUAAAAGACAUAAAUAAUGUUUUGUUCACAUCGAGCAUGAAUCCAACUGCAGGAAGUUUUACGAUAGAUUCAAGAUUACAAAGACAUUUUUAUGUAUUCGCUUUAGGUUUCCCAUCUCAUGAUGCUCUAUUUACAAUUUACAACUCAAUUUUCUCACAACAUUUAUCAAAUCCUGCACAUAAAUUUAACCAAUCAAUAAUUAAAUUGUCAGCACAAGUUGUACAACUUGCUAUAAGUUUUCACGAAAAAAUUCAAACUGUGUUUUUGCCUACAGCUAUAAAAUUUCAUUACAUUUUUAAUUUGAGGGAUAUGAGCAACGUAUUUCAGGGAUUAAUGUUUGCCACUGGAGAAUGUGUGACAACAGCCAGCUCAAUGAUUCGUCUUUGGUUACAUGAAACGAGUCGAAUUUACGGUGACAAAUUAGUUGAUAAAAAAGAUCAAGAAACUUUUACAAAAACUAUAAUAGAACAAAUAAAAAAAAUAUUUAAUGAUAUUCAAGAUAGUGAGUAUUUGACACAUCCAUUGUUAUAUUCUCAUUUUGCGGAAGCCAUUGGUGAUCAAAAAUAUAUGCCUGUACGGUCUUGGACAACGUUACAAAAACUCUUAACUGAUGCUAUGAAUUCCUACAAUGAAUUAAUUGGUGCAAUGAAUCUUGUACUAUUUGAAGAUGCAAUGUCUCACGUUUGUCGAAUAAAUCGUAUAUUAGAAUUGCCAAGAGGUAAUGCUUUAUUGGUUGGAGUUGGCGGAAGUGGAAAACAAUCGUUAGCACGUCUUUCGGCAUUUAUAUCAUCACUUGAACCAUUCCAAGUACAACUUAGAGCAUCCUAUGGUGUUAAUGAUCUAAGAGCAGAUCUUGCUUCAUUAUAUCUUAAAGCUGGUUUAAAAAACAUUGGUAUUAUGUUCCUAAUGACUGAUUCCCAAGUAGCGGAUGAGCGAUUCUUAGUACUCAUCAAUGAUAUGUUGGCUAGUGGUCAAAUACCUGAUUUAUUCGCAGAUGAUGAAAUUGAUAAUAUUAUACAAACAAUUGGACCGGAAGUAAAAGCAGCUGGCUUUCCAGAAACUAAAGAAAAUGGGUGGAUAUUUUUUAUUAAUAAAGUGCGAUCUUUACUUAAAACAGUAUUAUGUUUUUCACCAGUCGGAAGCACAUUAAGGGUACGAGCGAGACGAUUUCCUGCACUGGUCAAUUGUACGUCUAUUAACUGGUUUUAUGAAUGGCCAAAAGAAGCACUUGAAUCUGUAUCUUUUAGAUUCUUAAGCAACUUAGAUGAGCUAACAGUUAAACUGAAAAAACCUGUAUCUUUGUUCAUGGCACAUGUACAUAGUUCAGUUAAUGAUGUAUCAUUGAGAUACUUAGCAAAUGAUCGUAGAUACAAUUAUACAACACCCAAAUCAUUUUUGGAACAAAUAACGUUAUAUAUGAAGCUAUUAGUAUCUAAGACAAAUGAUAUUAAAUAUGGAAUAUCUAGAUUCCAAAAUGGAAUUAAAAAAUUAAUAAGCUGUGCGGCACAAGUUGACGGAUUAAAAGCAGAAUUAGAUGUUCAGGAAGUAGAAUUGGCGAAAAAAAAUGCAAAAGCGGAAGAACUCAUAAAAAUUGUCCAAAAAGAAUCAGAAAAAGUGAAAAUAGAAAAAGAAAAAGCUGCGGAAGAAGAAUACAAGGUUAAAUUAAUUGAGGAGGAUGUAGCAUUAAAACAAAAGAUGUGUGCAGAAGAUUUAGAAAAGGCAGAACCAGCAUUAAUUGCAGCUCAAGAAGCUUUAAAUGUCUUGACUAAGGAUAGUUUAUCUGAAUUAAAAAAAUUCCCUUCUCCUUCUACACAAGUAAUCAACGUUUGUGCUGCAGUAUUGGUUUUGUUAACACCAGAUACACCAGCAAAAAUACCAAAAGAUAGAAGUUGGAAAGCUUGCCAAGCCAUGAUGGCCACAGCUGACGGAUUUUUGAGAGCACUUGUAAAUUAUAAUAAAGAGAAGAUGAGGGCUGAUGUAGUUAAAGCAAUUCAACCUUAUAUAAAUGACCCAGAGUUCGAUCCAAAUAUUAUAAGAGGGAAAUCACAAGCGGCUGCUGGUUUAUGUGCGUGGGUUAUAAAUAUUAUGAAGUUUUAUGAUGUAUGGCAAGUCGUUGAACCAAAAAGAAGAGCUCGAGAUCAAGCGACUGAGGAACUAAAUGCAGCUAGAAAUAAACUCACGGAACUUAGAAAUAUGAUAAUAGGAUUGGAAAGAAAACAAAAAGUUUUAACUGAUGAAUUUGAAAGUGCCGUAGCUGAAAAGAUCAAAUGUCAAAAUCAAGCAGAUGAAACUGCCAUGAGAAUAGAUUUAGCCAACCGAUUAGUUAAUGGUUUAGCAUCUGAGAAUGUUCGGUGGAAAGAAAGUGUAUCAUCACUACAGAAAAGUUUGCAAACAUUGCCUGGGGAUAUUCUCAUAGUUUCAGCAUUUGUAUCUUACGUUGGAUACUUUACAAAAAUAUACAGACAAGAUUUAAUGAAAGUUUCAUGGUUACCAUUUUUCAAGGAAGUUAAACCUGAAAUACCCGUAACUGAUCAUUUAGAUCCUCUAAUUUUGCUCACUGAUGAUGCCCAAAUCGCAGCUUGGAAUAAUGAAGGGUUACCCAAUGAUCGAAUGUCUUCUGAAAAUGCCACUAUACUAACAAAUUCUGAUCGCUGGCCACUCAUAGUUGAUCCGCAGUCACAAGGAAUAAAAUGGGUGAAAAAUAAAUACGGAAAAGCUUUAAAAGUUACUAGACUGAGCUUUAAAAACUACUUAAGUAUUAUUGAAAAUUGUGUACGAGAUGGGCAUGUUCUACUUAUUGAAAAUAUAGGAGAAAACAUCGAUCCUGUUUUAGACAACGUCAUUGGUCGAAAUUUAAUUAAAAAAGGAAGAGCGGUUAAGAUUGGUGAAAAAGAAGUAGAUUUCAGCCCUAAUUUUAAGCUUAUAUUACAUACAAAACUAUCAAACCCUCACUAUAAACCAGAAUUGCAAGCACAAACAACAUUAAUUAACUUUACAGUAAAUCGUGAUCAGCUAGAAGAUCAGCUUUUAGCAGAAGUCGUUAAAGUUGAGAGACCAGACUUAGAAAAACUUAGAACAGAGCUAACAAAACAACAAAACGGUUUCAAAAUCACUUUAAAACAACUCGAAGACGGUCUAUUACAAAGGUUAUCAUCAGCAGGAGGUGAAAUUUUAGGAGAUAAAGAACUUGUUUUGAAUUUGGAAAAAUCAAAGAAAACUGCUACAGAAAUUGAAAUAAAAGUAGUUGAAGCUAAAACAACUUCUAAAAACAUUGACAUUGCUCGUGAAGAGUACCGUGUGGCAGCAACUAGGGCUUCCAUUCUUUACUUUAUAAUGAACGAUUUGAUCAAAAUUAAUAUGAUUUAUCAGUUUUCGCUUGAAGCUUUCAGUGUUGUUUUUCAAAGAGCUAUGCGACACACUGAGAAAGCAAAUACACUAAACGAGCGAAUUACUAAAAUUAUAGACAAUAUUACUUAUCAAACAUUCAUUUAUACCAGUAGAAGUUUAUUUGAAAGAGAUAAAUUGAUUUUUAUAACACAAGUGGCAAUUCAAAUACAACUCCAAGCUCAAAAAGUAAAACCUACAGAACUAGAUUAUUUAUUAAGAAGGCCUUAUAUUGUAGGCCUGACCAGUCCAUUUGAUUUCAUAUCGUCCAACGUUUGGGGAGCUAUAAAGGCACUCGUCAUGUCUGACGAUGAAUUCACAGGUUUAGAUAAAGACAUUGAAGCGUCUGGCAAACGAUGGCAAAUUUAUAUGGAAAGUGAAGCCCCCGAAAAAGAAAAAUUGCCACAAGAUUGGAAAAACAAAACACCUUUACAAAGACUUUGUAUAUUAAGAUCUAUGAGGACUGAUCGUAUGACGUAUGCAUCAAAAGCUUAUGUGGAAGAAGUUUUAGGAGUUAAAUAUACUAAUUUUAGACCUCCUGAGUUUUCUGAAUCAUUUAAAGAAACUACAUCACGAACGCCAGUAUUUUUUAUUCUAUCGGCAGGAGUUGAUCCAACGCGGGAUGUCGAAGCAAUAGGAAGGAAAAAAGGUUACACAAUUGAAAAAAGAAAUUUCCUUAAUAUAUCACUUGGGCAGGGUCAAGAAAAAGUAGCUGAAGAUGCUAUGGAUUUAUCAUCCAAGAUGGGUUACUGGGUCAUGUUACAAAAUGUACAUUUAGUAAAGAAAUGGCUACCUAUAUUAGACAAAAAAAUGGAAGCUUCCUUUGAACAUCCUCAUAAAAAUUUUAGACUAUUCAUAAGCGCUGAACCAGCACCAGCAGCUAUGUUUCACAUAAUACCUCAAGGAGUUCUAGAUGGAUCAAUUAAAAUCACUAAUGAAUCUCCAACAGGAAUGAUGGCAAAUUUGCACAAUGCCCUGGAUAAUUUUAAUCAAGAGACACUCGAAAUGUGUUCAAAAGAAGGAGAAUUUAAAGCAAUUUUAUUCAGUUUAUGUUAUUUUCAUUCUUGUGUCCUAGAAAGAUCGAAAUUCGGAGCUCAAGGAUGGAAUAGAUCUUAUCCAUUCAAUGUUGGAGAUCUUACAAUAUCUGUUAAUGUACUUUACAACUAUUUAGAAGCAAAUAACAAAGUACCAUGGGAAGAUUUAAGGUAUUUAUUUGGAGAAAUCAUGUAUGGUGGACAUAUAACCGAUGACUGGGAUAGGCGGUUAUGCAGGAACUAUCUUGAAGUUUUUAUGAAUCCAAAUUUGCUGGAGGGCGAUCUCGCAUUUUCUCCUGGUUUUAUGGCACCUCCUAACUUGGAUUAUAAAUCUUAUCAUCAGUAUAUUGAAGAUUUACUACCUCCUGAAAGUCCACUACUGUAUGGAUUACAUCCAAAUGCCGAAAUAGGUACGCUUACUACAAGAUCAGAAAAUUUAUUUGCUACAUUAAUGGAAAUGCAACCGAGGGAUGCUGGUAGUUCUGGUGGAGGUGGAAUAUCUAGAGAUGAAAAAGUUAAACAAACGUUGGAUGAUAUUUUGGACAAAGUACCCGAACCAUUUAACAUAUCAGACAUGGUAGCGAGAGUAGAAGAACGAACACCAUACGUUGUUGUAUCUUUCCAAGAGUGUGAACGAAUGAACAUGUUAAUGAACGAGAUACGAAGAUCGUUAAAAGAACUUAACUUAGGAUUAAAGGGUGAACUAACAAUUACCUCAGUUAUGGAAGCAUUAGAAGAGUGUUUGUUCAUGGACAAAGUUCCACCUAGUUGGGAGAAACGUGCUUAUCCAUCAUUACUAUCUCUAUCCGCUUGGUAUGCAGACUUACUAAUCCGGCUUCGUGAACUCGAAAGCUGGGUCAGUGAAUUUCAAUUGCCAUCGUCAGUAUGGUUAGGUGGAUUUUUCAACCCACAGUCUUUUUUGACGGCAAUCAUGCAAAAUACAGCCCGCAAGAUGGAAUGGCCUUUGGAUAAAAUGUGCUUACAAUGUGAUGUUACAAAGAAAUUUAAAGAAGAAAUUUCGGUGGCACCUCGAGAAGGAGCAAUGAUAAGUGGAUUGAUAAUGGAAGGAGCUCGAUGGGACAUUAAUAUGGGAUGCAUCGUUGAUUCAGUGCUAAAAGAACUAUUUCCAAUAAUGCCUGUAAUACACGUCAAAGCCAUUAUCAAAGACAAACAAGAUUUACGAAAUAUGUAUGAAUGUCCAGUAUACAAAAUAAAAUUAAGAGGACCAACUUACGUUUGGACAUUUAAUUUGAAAACACGACAAAAGCCAUCUAAAUGGGUAUUGGCUGGAGUUGCUAUUCUUUUAAGUAUUUAAAUGUGUAUUAUUUAUUUAUUAAUAUUACUUAAUUUUUUUAAAAAAAUUACUUUAUUGUUAUACCUAAUAUGAGUAUAUCGCAUUCUUUCAAAUAUCUUAAAACUUGGUUAAAUAAAUAUUAUACUUUUCAGCUUUUA